AUGAAGUUCUCCGCUGCCACUACUUUGGCUGCCCUUCUGGGCGCCGCCUCGGCCGGCUCCAAGUCCGAUGACAGAACCUUUGCCGUCCUCCGCUUCAACAACAAGCAGCUCGUCAAGACCCGUGUUGAUCCCAUCAUCAACCCCGGAAAGCCCGCGACCCACGUCCACGGCGUCAUGGGAGGAAGCAACUUUGGCAUGUCGGCCACUGGCGAGACUCUGUCGCAGUCCAAGUGCACCAACGCCAUGAUCAACGGCGACAACAGCGCCUACUGGUUCCCGUCUCUUUACUUCCAGGACCCCAAGACCAAGGAGUUUGAGGCUGUCGAUGUUUUCUACGUCAACGUCUACUACUUCUUCGAUGGUACCGAUGAUGAGAUCAAGGCCUUCCCCAAGGGCCUGCAGAUCUUUAGCGGUAACUCCUCCGCUCGCGUUGCCCCGUCGUCUGGAGGCAAGGAGAACCUCGAGCCGGCGGACGGCCCCAUCCAGCCUGUUCAGUGGACUUGCCCCAGAUCCAACUACAACCCGCCAUCGUACCCUGCCAACUCUGACGGCACCACCGCCGGCAUCGUCGAUCCCAACAAUGACGGCUCCGGAGUCGGCUUCCCCGACCAGAACUGCGACGGCUACGCUUCUCCCCUCCGUGCCGAUGUCCACAUGCCUUCCUGCUACAACCCAAAGGCUGCCCUGACCGACUACGAGAGCAUGGCCUGGCCCUCCAACAAGGGCGCGUCGAACAGCCGCCGCAAGAACUGCCCUGCCGGAUGGAUCCACGUUCCUCACAUGUUCUUUGAGGUCUACUGGGACACUCCCAAGUUUGCCAGCCGCUGGACGCCCGGCCAGGGCUCGCAGCCCUUUGUCCUCUCCAACGGUGAUGCCACUGGUUACAGUCUCCACGCUGACUUCAUCGCUGCCUGGGAUGAGACUGUUCUCCAGCAAAUCAUUGACAACUGCAACGCCGGCUCUUCUGGUAUGGACAAGUGCCCUGGUCUCCUCAAGGGCCUCAACACCAACAAGGACUGCACAAUCUCCUCUCCCGUUGACGAAGUUGUCGAUGGUCUCAUGAGCAAGCUUCCCGGCAACAACCUUCUCACCUCCUUCGGUGCUGUCGUCGGCGGUGGCAGCAGCAGCGGCAGCGGUAGCGGUAGCGGCAGUGGCUCUGUUGCCAGCCCUUCCGGUUCCUCUGCCUCGUCUGCGGCGACGGCUGCUUCUGCAAAGCCCUCUGCCGUCCAGCCUUCUGCCAGCAAGUCCGCGACCUCUGGCUACGUCAGCCAGGAGGAUGUCCCCAAGACAUCCGCCGUGGUUUCUUCCGAGCUCCCCAUUCAGGUCGCCCCCGAGAAGGCCAGCACCAAGGCUGCCGAGACGUCUGCCGCCGCCGCCGUCCCUACCACCAACGCAGUCGCGCCCAAGCCCUCGGCAUCUGGGUGCUCCCGCAAGACCAGGACCGUCUACAAGACCGUCACCGUCACCUCUCCCGCAGAGGAGUCCAAGGCCGCCGCGACCCCCGCCGGCUCUACCGACAACUACAAGGCCCGCCGCCACUACAUACGGACAGCCGGCAAAAUGUCGCUGUAUCACGAGGCUGCCGAUAUUCUCUCGGCGAGCUCCGACCACGGCGGCAGCUUAAAGAGCCGCGUCUUUGGCAAAAAGGGUCUCAAGUCGCCGCCAGCGCAGGUCUACGCCCUCGCACUGGAGACGUGCAAGUGGAGUGCCAUCUUGAAGGAGGUCAUCGAGGCGGCGGACAUUCUGCGCCAUGAGCGCAAGCUCACACCUUUGCUGGCGCUACUGCUGGUACACGACUUUCUCCUGGCCAAGAAGGGUAUCGCGCUGCCCCAGUCUCACGGUCUCAGGACAACCAUUGAGCGGCACAAGGCGAGACUGACCUCUGAGCUCACGCGCGCCCGUUUGAGGAGGAAGAUGUCGUCGUUGGAACUGCUGCAGGCCGACGUCAACGCCAACGCGGACCCUGAAGGAAGACACCCUCGAUGGAUCAGGGUGAACGUGCUCAAGAGUACUGUGGAGGACCAGCUUGAGACCACUUUCAAGGGGUACGAGAGAGCGCUUUCCAUCGAGGCCGUGACGCAGGCAACGGGCAAGGCCAUCUUUAUCGACACUCACAUCCCCUUCCUCCUCGCGGCAUCGCCUGGCACGGAUGUGACCAAGACGCAGGCCUACCUCAAGGGCGAGAUCAUUCUUCAGGACAAGGCAUCCUGCUUUCCGGCAUAUCUUCUGGACCCGCACUCGGAAGACGGCGACGUUAUCGAUUCUUGUGCGGCGCCGGGGAACAAGACAACGCACCUCGCAGCGAUUGUCAAGUCGCACGAACCCGAGCAGGGUGCCCAAAAACAGACCAUCUUUGCGUUCGAAAGGGACUCCAAGAGAGCCCAGACGCUAGAGAAGAUGGUCAGAAUUGCUGGCAGUCGAGGCAUGACCAAGAUCGGUCCUGGCCAGGACUUUUUAGAUGUCGAUCCCACAUCUGACACAUACAAAGACGUCGGGGCCCUGCUGCUGGACCCCAGCUGCUCUGGCAGCGGUAUCGUGGGACGUGAUUCGAUGCCAGAACUGCAUCUCCCGGAGGUCCCUGGCCCGCCUGGAUCCAAGAACGCAAAGGGAAAGCCGUCCAAACAGGACGACCGCAAGCGCAAGCGAGACGAAAAGGAGGAGCCCGGUGCGGUGAUGGUCGAUGAUGACGGCAACACGGUCGAGGUACAGUCGGAGCAGGAGCUGCAAAAGCGUCUGGACGCGUUAGCCGGCUUCCAAUUGACGCUUCUGCUUCACGCCAUGACGUUUCCCGCUGCCAAGAAGAUUACCUAUUCCACCUGCUCGAUACACGCAGAGGAGAACGAGGGCGUCGUGAUCAAGGCCCUCGCGUCAAAGGUUGCGAAAGAGCGUGGCUGGACGAUUCUACCGAGGCAGAAGCAGGUCCGCGGUAUGCGAGAGUGGCCCGUCCGUGGACUUCCCGAGGCGGCUGGAGGUGAUGAGACUGUAGCGGAAGCGUGUAUUCGUACGUACAAGGGCGACGGUCACGGCGUGAUGGGAUUCUUUGUUGCCGCGUUUGCGAGAGAGGAGCCGGUCGACGGAGAUGGCCCGUACUUGAGAGACGACGAAGGACGGAUCGUGAGAGAUAUGGCUGGGAUGCCGGUACUCAAGAGCACAGGAAAGCCUGUGGUGCUGGAGACGGCGAAUGUGAGCGCGCCCGAGGAGGAGAAUGCAAGUGAAGAGGAGAGCGAGGACGCAAGCGAUGGAGACAGCGGCGAGGAUGAGUGGAACGGGUUUGACUAG